AUGCAGUCUACCAGGGAUGAAUGGGCGUCAUCUGAUGGAUUUCCCUUUGACCUUCUCGACACUCGUGGCAUUGGGGUCCGUGCGGACGGCCGGAUUUCGACCCUAGGGAACGUGGUAACCGAACUCCCCGAGGAACGACAUGCACGCGAACGAUUUACUGUGGAAGACGACGAUGAGGUUGAAGAAUGGGCUACUCGUGCCUUAGUUCACCCAGUGACAGCCCUUCAGGCAUUCCGCGACUUCGAGACCAUGAAUGAUAGACAUACCGCCUCGUCCUGGCAGGCCAGGUGGCGCAAGAUCUCGCGUGCCCGUGCCGAGCAGCCCCAUUUGGAGGUAGGGGAACCGUCAACUGCCUCGUCCGCGUCUGGCUGCGUGGAAUUCUGGGAGGGACCUGAUUCGGCGCCACCAACUUCCGACUGUGAGGGCGACGCUGGUGAAUUGGACGAAGAGCAGAGCGACAUGGAAUGGUUCACGCCGCCUCCUGAGCAACCUUCAAUCAGCCCAAUAGUGUCAUCCGAGGCAAUUUGUCCCGAGAGUGGUGUAACCGAAGGCGCCAUAGCCACGUUCUACCCUCGAGACCCAUCCCAAGAAGACGAGAGCGCCGUUCCACCAGCACAUUUCCGACCUCUGACCCACACCGAACCAGCUGGUCGGGAAUCGCAGAGCCAGCUGAGAGUGAACUCGGAGAUCACCCUGCGUCAAGCCCUAUCCUUAAGGGACAGACAAGAACAUAUUAUCUGGCUCACACAGCCUUGGGUCCUCGACGUAUACAUCGAGUAUGCAGAGUGCGUCCUUGAUCGGCUGUCGUGGACCACGUCGCGGUCAUAUCGGUCCUACAAUGAUAGUCAGCCACAACGUUCUUCGACCACCUAUAUCGUUAACAACGCCAUUGAGGCUCUUCGUUCUCGGUCCCAACGAUACCUGGCUGACGUCACGGGUAAAGCCUGCUGGUCUUUGGACAACCACGAUAUUCGGUUCAUCGUACGCCUAGUAACAGCUGGUCGCGAGCCAGGGCGCUGGUGGGAGCGACGGUCGGAUGGAGAGAUUCCCCAGCUGUGUGCCAUUGCUAACCGUCUGGCGGGCUGGCUCAGGUAUGUCCACACCACCACCUCGGGCACAGGAGGAACGUCCCAGUGGCACCGCGCCAACUGCCACCGAUGGCUGUCGAUCCUCCGUCCUGCUCGAGCUCAACGUGAGGAGCAUCUUCGUCCCCACCCAAGAGGGAUACAGACGGGAUCACUUUCGUGCGCCAGCACCGUACCAAACCGUGCAGGACAUAACCCAGAUGGCGAAGAAGUGUGCGUGUCUGAUCGUUCUGAUGGGCCUUCUAACCAGGCACAACCGGACCAGGGGCAAGCAGGGUUACCGCAUGAGCCUGAGUUACCACCUCACACAAUAGAACACAAAAGAGACCAGAACGAGACACUGAAAACCAUACCGGGUCUGGCAUCCUGUACCAGUGAACACAAUCUUGACCCUUUUCAAGACAAUCCUAUCCCAAUGCCGGACAAUAAGUCACGAGUUCCCGACAUCCCAGCAUAUCCUACGCGGCCCCCUGCCGAAAUGAAGAGCGCCGAACGAGACUCGUCAUGGCUGAGCGACUUUGGUCGACAGAAAUUCCAGUACAGAGCUCAAAUGUUGUUAGCCGCAUGGGGCGUCACUGCAGAUGUUGAGUCGUGCGUGCUCGUGCCGGACAUGUGGUCGGGGGCCGACCCUCUCCAUCUGCUGGCCACGUUAGACCUGAAGGACAUGCCGCCAAAAUCAGUCCCCCGACUGACAUUCAACCUGGCGGGGCAUACCACGACACACGCCCGAGCCUCUUCGUGGUUCGUGGAGCAUCGUCGGGGAAUCGACCUGGACAAUUUCUUUGGCCAGGGUCCUUUCACACCGAUGGAGGGCUCGCAUCGAUGUCACCUUCCGUAUUGUAUAAACCCUAGCCACAUCGUUUACGAGGCCCAGGAUGAAAAUCGAUCGAGGAUUCGAUGCUUCCACCUCGCACACGAUCUCCGUUUUUACGGCUAUGACGUGCCAACAAAUUGUCGACGUCACGAACCCCCUUGCCUCCUGGCGUUGGCGGCGUUGACCUUAGGGGAAGCGUACACCAUCCAGUUCACCAAUUUAUCCAUCGCCAAAAACACGUCACUGCCUACGCCGCGCUUUCAACAGCCAGGGGCGCAUCCGUACCCGACAUUUGAGUCCAGGUUCCCCUUAUCAUUCUCAUCUGGGACAUCCGCCAUCGGCGCGGAUUCCCUCGUCGAUAAUGGCAUUGAGCCCCAAGAUCCAGAAACCCUGCGCCACCCUACUUUCUACUGUCGUUUCUGCAAGGUCAGGUCAUUUAAGAGGAUUUCUGCGUAUUGGUUUCAUAUUCGCGACGGCCAUGGCUUGGUUCAGACUGAAGAGCGAUUGGGCGAAAUACGGCGUACGGCGGCAGUCUGGGAAGAGCAUCUCAAUCAACAACGAGCGCGUGGUCACGGGGUUAGGCACGACGAUCGUACCUGGCUCAAGAUACAACAGAUCAAAGCAGGCAACUUUGGUUGGGAAGUCGUUAUGGCAUGGAAAUUGAGAUACCAACGUGAACGUUGA